GAGAUUGUAUCUUUAGAUAAUGAGGGAUAAGAGAAGUAAAGGAAAUAAUUAAUAUGGAUAGUGAUAUCAAUUUGAUUCUUAUUUAUGAUGAUUAUUAUAAUUGUCGGGACUUUAAGGAAGACUUGUAUGUUUAUCAAAAUUAUUUUAUGGGUCGUUUGGUUAAAAUCUUGUCCUAUAUACGAGAGGUUCAAUAUCAACUAGAAAGAAUGGGUAAGUUUGGAGCAUUAGACAAGGAUAUCGAGAGCAGACUGAGAUUGGGAGCAAGCCAAUUACAGUUUCUUAUCAACGAGCAUCUUGUAUUGGAGUGUCGUCAGCCUCACCGUCAACGUUGGCGUCAACUAGGGAAAAAUAAUUUCAAAAUUUAUCCGGAGUACUUGAGAGUUCUAGCAACAGAUGUUCAACAACAGUUAUUUCAAAUUUCAAACCUGAAGCCUGAGGCAUGCUUUUUAAUUGAAAAACAAGAAUCGGUUGUGAGAAAUGGUGGGAGAGAGCAGAUCAUUAAUUUACUAUUAAUGGGUGAAGAAUCGCAAAAUUUUGCUCCUUCGUUGAUUAUUCCUAUUCUUGGAUUGGCGGGCACAGGUAAAACUUCUCUUACUUGGCUUGUGUAUCAUGAUCCUAUAGUACAAACUACUUUCGAUCAUCGACUUUGGGUUGAUGUAUCUGGAGUCCAAUCUCCAGAAAGUUUAUUAGAAAGAAUUGACAAGGCUCUUCAAGCUGAUACAUUAUUUAAAGAGGCUCUUCGAAAAAAAUUCUAUAGCGGGAAAUACAUGCUUGUGCUUGAUGGUUUGUCAGAACAUGAUCCCAGAAAAUGGUCUUAUUUAUUAGGAUCUUUGUUGUCUAUACCAAUUGAUAGUAAACCCGGUAGCAAAAUACUGGUCACGUCAAGAUGCACAAGUCUAGAACCGGACCUCUUCUCCCCACUGCCAAUUGCUAAAAAUGCACCUUAUAUGUUACCUCUGCCUACUGCUAAAGAGCGUCGAGCAAUGUUUCUGAACAUAGCGUUCUCAAAGAUAGAAGAAAAGGAUAGAGCUCCUAAUCUUAUUGACAUUGCCCAUAAAAUUUUUAAGGAAUGUGCCCAUAAUCUACUAACAAUUCGAACCAUAGCUUUCAUCCUAUCUUCUUAUCCCAACUUAGAGAAGUGGCAGCAUGUAUAUGAUAUUUUGCUCCUUAGUUCGGAAAAUUUACAUGCUUCUAUUAAGUCAGUAAUAUACCUUAUACAAGACAGCCUCCCUAAAUAUACGCGUUCACUCGUGUUGUUGCCUUCAUUGUUUCCACUUAACUACAUAUUUUAUGAUCUAGCUGAACUACAACAACUUUGGGAAGUUCAGGGUUUUCUUGAUUUGAUGCCUCCGGCAAAAAGUUUCAAAAACUUUUUUCGUAGACUUCUCAAAGUAAAAUACUUUAUUGAAGAAGGUGAAAAUGAUAAAAGGGGUUUGAUGCUCUACAAGGUACAAGUUUUGAAGCAUGAGGUGGUGAAACAUCUCGUAGGAGAUCAUUAUCGUUUUAUGUGUAAUCCUACAGAGAAAGUCGAUCAUCAAAAAAUUCUACAUGUGAGCUUUAUGGUGGACUCUUAUUGGAAAGCUCCAUCCUGGCUUUGUGAUGCGAAACAGUUGAAGACUCUGCUUUUUCUUCCUUAUCAAUCUUGUGGGCUUAUUGUUAUUCCAGAACUCAAUGAAAUUUUGGAAACUCUAAAAGGUUUACAAGCUUUGGAUUUAGCCAUUGUGAAUUGUAAAAGUUGUUUGACUUCUGUAGGGAAACUUAAGCAUUUAAGAUACCUUAGACUUGGUGUCUCGUUUGAACUUCUCCCAAACCACCUAACAGACUUUCCAUUCUUGCGAACUCUAGACCUACGACGCUCUGGCAUUCUACAGUUACCAAAGGACUUUUGUACAUUGAGUAAUAGUUUAAGGCACUUGUAUGUUGGGGAUAAAUUGACUGAUCUACCACCUAGGUUUGCCGAUUUUUCAAAACUGGAAACCUUAGAUGUAUUCAUUGUGGGAAAAAAUAAUGGGCUAGAUACACUCGCCCAUUUUACCAAGUUGGUAGGAACUCUGAAGAUUCGUUAUCAACAAAGUCGUGAUCACCAUAAACUUCCUGAAAAUGAUAAAAUUCUAGCAAAGAUGACGCUUGAUAAUUUGUCAUUAGUAUGGAAGUCUUUGAAUGCGGACCCUGAUGUAAUUACUCACCAGGAGGAGGUUGUAGAGUUGGAAUUCUUACAACCUCCUCCCACCGUAAAAAACUUAGAAGUUCAAGGCUGGACGGGAUAAGUUUUCCGAAUU